CAAGGUGGAAAAAAAUCCUAAAAUUUAUUGGAUGAACAAGAAACAGAAAUUUCUAAUAAAUUAAAGCUCUAUCACGUCAUUAUUAACAUGACAGUUGAUACUCCACAUUUCGGAUCUGAUUUGAUGAAUGAAAUAAUUGAAGAAGCUUGGCAAUCUGAAUCUCCUAAAAAUGGCUUAUCCAUAGUUAAAAGCUUCUGAAAAAUCACUAUCAAGCAAUGAAGAAUGACAAAUACUUGCCUAUUCCCGAAAAAUGCAAAGGAUACAAAAUUAUAAAGAACAAACUAGUCUAUUUUGGAGAAGACAGCGAAAUUUCAAAAGAAAAGUACAGGUGCAUGAAUGUUGUAGAUCAGUCCAAGACUAUGUUAAAUUGGAUGCAAUUUUCAAAAGAGAAAAUCCGUAAUUUGACACUUAGCGAGUGUGUAUUGGAAAUUACUGACAUAGAUAAUGCUCAUUUACCUGAUUCAUUUUUAGACGAAGACGUAGACAUUUGCAUUUUACAAAAUUUUAUGAAAAAAUCUGCUUUUGAACAACUGCAACAAAGAGUACAGGAUAAAAAACGAAACAAAAAUUCACGUGUAUCAAAUGCUCUAAAUCUGUUCAUACCAACUGUAUUCAAUGUGAUAGUUGCUUAUUAUGGUUUCAUUACUCAUGUGUAAACAUAGAAGUACCUAAAACGCAUUGUAUUUCAGUGACCACGAUUGGUACUGCUGCAAAUGUAAUUCUAUCUGAUGAUUCUUAGAAAUGUAUGUGAUUCAACUAUUAAAUAUAAAUAAAAUUGAUAUUAUUCUUGUAUUUUUUAUAAGUAAAGAAAAUUGUAUACGAUA